CCGGAAAUGACCCGGAUCGGAACUUUAACUCCGAGGUUGACUAGUUUUCACCAGAAACAUCGGAGGCUGUGAAAAUAUGGUGUGAUAUCGAUUCAAACAUGUGUGUACAUAUGUCCAUGAAGGAUACCCCACCUUGGAUGUGAUUUUGUCCGCAUUUCGGGAGAUCUUCCUAUUUAUUCAUCAAAGGAGGGACAGGCAGUUCCAGGUGGUUUGUGGUCUUCAGCCAGCUGGUGACCCUUUAACGGCAGCAACAUGACGUGCCGUGACCGGACCCUCGAGUUCCAAUCAGCCUGCAAAUCUCUCCAGGGCAGUCAGAAUGGUGUCCAGCCCAGUAAACCAGCUCUCAGCGCACUCAGGCAGCGCAGCGACUUCACAGUUAUGGCCAAGAGAAUUGGAAAAGACUUGAGUAACACAUUUGCCAAAUUGGAAAAGCUCACAAUCUUGGCAAAAAGAAAAUCUCUAUUUGACGACAAGGCAGUGGAGAUCGAGGAGCUAACAUACAUUAUUAAACAAGACAUCAACAGUCUAAACAAACAGAUAGCACAGCUGCAGGACUUGGUGAGAUCUCGCGGAGCUCCGGGGGGACGACACAUCCAAACUCACUCAAACACUAUAGUGGUGUCAUUACAGUCCAAACUGGCUUCGAUGUCCAAUGACUUCAAAUCAGUCCUGGAAGUCCGAACAGAGAACCUGAAGCAGCAGCGCAGCAGGAGAGAGCAGUUCUCACAGCCUCCUGCGUCGUCUUCUCCUCUAAUGGCCAACAACUUCAGGAGCCGCAAAAAAGGGGCCCAGGAGCCGCAUGCAGCUCGCGAGCCGCGCAAUGACUACCAGGGCUAUACAACCACAAAUUUAAAAGAGAGCUCGGUCCUGAUGCAGGAUGAGUCCCGGAGCAUGGGGGAUGUGGCCAUCGAUAUGGACUCUCAGAGCAAUCCCUUGCAACUCCAACUUAUUGAUGAGCAGGACUCAUACAUCCAGAGCCGUGCAGACACCAUGCAGAACAUUGAGAGCACCAUCGUGGAGCUGGGCUCUAUAUUCCAACAGCUGGCACACAUGGUCAAGGAGCAAGAAGAAACCAUCCAGAGGAUCGACGCUAACGUGGAGGACACCCAGCUGAACGUGGAGGCCGCGCACACAGAGAUCCUCAAAUAUUUCCAGUCAGUCUCCUCCAACCGCUGGCUGAUGAUUAAGAUAUUUCUCGUCCUCAUCGUCUUCUUCAUCAUCUUUGUCGUCUUCUUCGCUUAAAGAAAAGAGGAGCGGCUGGAGGGGGGGAGGGGAAAGCACAUCAGAUGAGAGGAAAUAAAACUAAAGCUGGACUGAGACGACGUGUCCAGAUGAAGUGUUUGGAGGACAGACCUUUCUGUCACGGUUUGAUGGAGGCUUGGGACGAUUAAAGACAUUUCGGUUAUUCCCAUGCCACAGACUCUUGAUCUUAUUCCACAGUUCAGUGAAGAAUGAAAAUCUUGAACUGUGUCCAAAAAAACAAAAGAAAUAUAUUGUCUAAAAAUCCCCACUUUGUAUAGAGAGAGAGCAGGGAAACUACUCUGUGUUGUACUUUGACCAACUAUUCAUAAACAUUUAAUCAAAAUGGCUAUAAUUUAAUGGUUUGAUUCUGCAAACUGUCUUAUAAUUACUAUUAUUUUUUUUCCUGCUUUACCACAUUUCAUUCUCUAUUAUUAUUUCAAAGCCAAAAAACAAAACUGGAGUUUGUCCGUACAUUUUUGUGCUUCUAAGUUUACCUACUUUUUAUUGAAAGAGCAUGACUGUGUCUCUGAGUAAUUCCUAACCAACCACCCUUCAGUUACCAUGUUCAAUAUUUUUUUAUCCGGUUACAUUCUGUUCUGCUUUUGAGGUUUAUUUGCCAAAUGGGUACUUUUGUUGAACUGUGACACAUUACGAAGACACUUGCUGUGAUCCUAAAGGCACAAGAAGGCAGUCGCAGCCCGCCGAAGGGAAGAUUUUGGUGUAGUUGAGGCACGAGCUGUACGAAAUGUUGAUGUAACAGCACUGGUUUUAAAUACACCUGUCUGGUUGCCAGCCAUCAGGCAGGUUUACCUGUCGGAAAGGUUUAGACCUCACUUAUUCAGUGCUGCAGAGAGGAUCAGAGCUUAUGAAGGGGUUAUGCUGGUUGUGAAGGCCCACUCAUGAAGUGACUCAAUCAGCCAGAUUCCCUGGAAGUGUCUGGUUGGACGUCUGUGCUCCCCCUCUUUAUCUAUCCAAUGUACAGUUAUUUAAAUGACUACAGCAUUUUUAAGAAGAAAGAAGACAUUGCCCCUUAUUUUUCCUCUUCUUUUUUUUAGCCAAAUGCCUUGACUUCAGUGUAUAAAGUGCAAAUAGUUAUAAUGAUGUAUUGAUAAGGAAGUGCACAUUAAUAAAAUAAUAAUUGGGUGCUGGCA